AUGAACAUUGCAAAUCACGACCAGAUACUGAAACAUGUGUUCAAUCGUCUAGUUGCAAAUGUAAAAUACAUUGAUAGUACACUAGCGCUACAUUACAUCCAUCAUGUGGCUCAUCCGCCAGUACACAAAAUUCUUGAACAAGCUUCCCAAUUGGCUCAGUGGAAGAUACUGAUAGAAGAUUUGGAGAAUAUAUUGGCAUUUGCACCAAUGUACAAGAUAUACCGGAACGAACAUGGGACGCAAAUGUCGUUCCCGGGUUCAAAGAAGAGGUGCAAUCGAGUUGCCGAAUUUACGACUUUGUUGAAUGAAUGGAUCUCAUCCCAUCAGGGAGUCACAUCAUCACCAUCACUCAAUCUAUGUGAUGUUUGGAUACGAAAUACAUCACCAAAGAAAGUCACCAAGUCUUACUCGUCAUCUUUAUCGUUGUCACCCACGAAACAGCGGGCCAACUUUUCAGAAUUGAAAAAUUCGAGAUCAAAAUUCACAUUCAAAGAAAAGAAUGCCAGCCAAGAAAGUGAAAAGCAUCAAGGGUUGUCUUUACUCGAAAGAAUUAAAAAGAAGGAGGAAUUGAAUAAGGCAAAGAACACAAUGUCAAAGGAAGAGAAACAUGUCCUAUAUUUAGCAGCCAGAAUGGAUCGAAUUUACAAUGUUAUCCAUCAGUUGUAUCUCGAUUCAGGCACAAUCUCAGAAUCUGGCUCACUAAAACCGGUAACGAUUUCAUUUACCAAGAUUGUCCAGGUGGUACGGGACACUUGUGAUGAGAGCCAAAUGGACCAAGAAGAUAUAUAUCGUAUUGUGGAGUUGAUCACCAAGAGGUUGGAUAGUUGCAAAAUCCACCCAGUGGCUGAUAUCAAGGUCCUACGCGUGUCUCAUUUGAAUCGUCUGGAGGAUUUGACUAAGCUCAAUGUGACAGACUAG